CUUUAAUCGUCCCAAGUAGCUGGAGUUCCCAUCCAAACCAUUUCUAUAGGAGACUUCAAGUGAAGACUCAAGAGCUUGCAAUUCUGUUUGGAGAUAUAAAAGCAUCAGGAUUUAUUUCAAAUCCAUUUGCCAGCUUGGUGUGGUGUGUCUCUGUAUAACUUUAACGCCUAACGUAUUUCCCCCGUACUUUGUGAUAUUUAAUUUAAUUUCCUAAAUAAAACAGACAUAAUUCGAUCUGAAAUGAAAACGAUUUCGCUCGCUGUGUGCUCCCUGGUCCUUUUUUUCAUUGCCCAUUGUGAGGCAGCGUCCCUGAGAAGACAUAAACGACAACUUGUUCCAAAGGAAUUUGCAAAUAUUAAUAUUGAAAAUUAUUUAAAGAAUGACAGGGCUGUGCAAUUUCAAUUGAAAUGCAUAGUGUACGAUGGGCCGUGCGACCGAAUCGGGAAAUAUCUCAAGGUGACCAUUCCCGAGUUACUGACAAAUCAGUGUCAAAAUUGUGAUCCAGCCCAGAGACAAAGAGCAGGACGUCUUGUCCAGCACAUUCAGCAAAAGUUUCCUAAAGAAUGGUCGGAUGCUGUGCAAAAAUUCCAAGGGGGACAAGUAAAGAAGGAAGACGCAGACAAGUUGGAAACCCUGCUCGGGGUUAAACUGGACUCGAAGCUGGUCGCCGACGCUACGACGACAAUUGCUCCGAUAACAACAACCACCACCACGACAACUACUGCCCCUCCAGUUUCCUCCUCCACGGAAGCUAGUGCAACUUCAGCUCCGUCGUCAACGACCACGACUACAGCCCAAAGUACCACUUCUGCAGCACCAGAGGCCACAUCGGCCACUCCAGUAUCUUCCAGCAGCGCGGCUCCGGAAGUGACCUCAAGUUCUGCGAUUCCUUUGAGUUCUAGCGAAUCACCAAUCAUAUCAUCAAGCACCCCUGCCACCAUCGCAAGCAGCAGUGCGUCUCCAGUCCAAGUCUCAUCUAGCAGCACAGCCCCAGAAGUGUCCACGUCAGCAGCCCCCUCCAGCACGACAACCACGGUGGCCCCCACAUCAGCGGCAACUUCUCCCACUCCAACCCCCGUCAUCUCAACGGAAGCCAGUUCCUCCAGUUCAACCACCACCACGGUUCCAGUCGUUUAAAUUCUAGCGUAAAACAUAUUUUCCAAUAAUAAUGCGUCUUCAUAUUUGCAUUUCACGAGCAACAAAGGUGAUAAUAUCCAAUGUUCAAUACCCAACAUAUUAGCUAAUGUUAUAAUAAUAUCCUCAUGCUUGUAUUUGAGAUACAUUUUUACCCCAAUAAUUAAAUAAUUAAUACUGCAGUAUUAAUAAUACUUAAUAAUUAUUACUGCAUGCUAAAUGUAUAUAUGCUUGUAGUGUAUUUAGGAAGGUGUUCAAUGACGCCACCUCGUUCUCUGUCUCUGAUCACUGAAUAAAUAACAGAACCUUUCAAAAUGA